CGUAGUCAUAUAUACUUUGUGUUCCUAAUACAAACAUAACUGCUGCUGCAGGCCUGCCUACGAAUGUUAGCAAAGUAAUGCAGACGAAUAGCUUUUCCUUUUUGACACGGACUCUGUAUGUAGAAGGACAAACAAAAACAAGUACGUAUAUGACAUCGACAAUGAGUUCAAUCAAGGGACCUGCGAUAAACGAACACGACGGCUCAAACCUCCGAAUUGCCAUCGUGCACGCCCGUUGGAAUAAACCCGUGGUCGAUGCGCUCGUCGCCGGUGCGCUCGCCAAACUGCGUCUAUCCGGCGUUGAGGCUUGCAACAUAGUCAUCCAGUCUGUGCCGGGUAGCUUCGAGCUUCCAUUGGCAUGUUCUAGAAUCAUAACGGGAUCGCGCAUCCAGAGUGGAGGAUCAUCCGGGGACUUGCUAGGUUUCACCUCUGCAAACCCGCCCUCUGUGGCAGAUUCUGCCCUUCCAUCUGCGCCAUUUGACGCUGUUAUCGCUAUCGGCGUUCUCAUCAAAGGCGCAACCAUGCAUUUCGAAUACAUCUCCGACAGCGUUUCCCAUGCCCUCAUGAAAGUUCAGCUAGAUACAGGGGUACCGGUCAUCUUCGGAGUAUUGACAGCCUUAAACGAAGAACAAGCAUUGGAGCGUGCAGGUAUGGGUGGUGGUUCAAACAAAGGUCAUAAUCAUGGAGAAGAUUGGGGACUCGCCGCUGUGGAGAUGGCGACUCAUUGUCGGAACUGGAGCCAAGGAAGGUUCAUUGAGGAGGCGUAGAAAGCAGCAAGCAGUAGUAUGGAACUAAGUAUGACUUGUAUGUGUAGUAGUGAUUAUAGAAUUGUCAGCAAGGGGAGCUCAGACAUUCAAC